UUAGCUGACAAUUACUCAUUUACAAUUAAAUAUUAAUAAACAGUAAUAUACUUUCGCCUUGUGCGACGUUAGCGCCGCAGUUCGGCUAUUCCUUGAAAAGAAAAUAUAGUUAUCCUGUGUGUUAUCAUAUUUUUGACUGCAGUUGUAAACGUGGUCAGUUGAAGCGCCUUUUUCUUGUAAUUAUAUUAAUGUUAUAUUCAUAACAGAAAACAUUCAAUAUUUUGUAUAAUUUUAAUUUCAAUAUAAUUAUUACUGUAAAUUGUUGUAAAAGAGAGAUAGAUAUACGUUUUUUAUGUCAUAGUUAAGUUUAACCUCAUCACACGUACAAUAACAACCAAGAAACAGAAUUAUGUGUAGUAUUUUCUCUUCAAGUUUCAAAAGCAUUUUAUAAUGGCAGAAAUUAGUUUAAGCGGCGGUGAAAAGACUUUUAUUCUUCAUGGUGUAGACAUUACAGAAAUGAUGGUAGAAUGAGAUGUGAAUAUCGUUCUUUGGAAAUCGAAACCAAAUUAAUGCUGCAAACAAAUGGAUCUGCGAGAUUACGUAUUGGAAACACCGAUAUACUCGUCGGCGUUAAAGUAGAACUUGAUAUUCCUAAUGCUGAUAAACCGAAUGAAGGAAAAUUAGAAUUUUUUGUUGAUUGCUCUGCUAAUGCAAGCCCAGCAUUCGAGGGAAAAGGUGGCGAUGAUCUAGCAACUGAAAUAAGUAACACCCUUGUAAUAGCAUACCAAACUCGUAAUGCUUUAGAUUUACGAACAUUAUGUAUUUUACCUCACAAAAAAUGUUGGAAAAUUUAUGUUGAUGUUCUGAUUCUUCAGUGUGGUGGUAAUUUGUUUGAUGCAGUAGGAGCAGCAGUCAAGGCUGCUUUAUAUAGUACAGAAAUUCCAAAAAUUACAGCUGCAACACUUGAUGGCGGAGAACCAGAUAUUCAAUUAUCAGAUGAUGUUUACGAUUGUAUUAAAUUAGAUACAAGUAAUUAUCCAGUCAUUAUAACACUGUGUAAGAUUGGUGAUAACUAUAUAGUGGAUCCGACUUUAGAAGAAGAAGUAUGCAGUGCAAGUAGUAUAGUUAUGUCUGUAUUACCAAAUGGUAAAAUUUCCUCGAUAGUCAAAUUAGGUUAUGGCAGCGUUCAACUUGGCACUUUUAAUAAAAUGUUACAGAUGGGGCAAAAUAUAGGAUUGCGAUUAAACGAAGGACUUAUGAAAGCUCUGAAAGAAGAAGAUCAAUUUGGUCGGCAAAGAGAGAUAUUUGGAUUCCUAAAAUAAAUUAUAUACACCUAAUAACUGCAUUAUCUUUAGAAU